GUAAAGUGUGGGUUGGAGGCCCUUGAGUCAAUAAACUCAUAAAGUACCAAAGUGUGGGUUGGAGGCCCUUGAGUCGGUAAACUCAUAAAGAACCAUUGAAAUUGUGUGCGUUGUGGUAAUCGCGUCUGGGACAAAAAAGGCCAGGGUGAAAUAAAUCCCUUUGAGUCGGCGAACUCAUAAAGGAAUAUUCCAAAAUUGUCUGUUAUAUGUUUGAAUGUUGUGCAAAGUGAUGUGAAAACUGAUUUAACCGUGUGAAAAUAGAUACUGUAUAAUUUUUGCAAACUGUGAAUAGAAUUUGUGCGUAAAAUGGCUGAAUUUCGGAAAGAAUGUGAUGAAUAUGGAUGUCCACCAGUGUUGGUGCAGUGGCAAAAGGUUACAUAUAUGCUUUUAGCACAGACAGAACCGAAAGAUAAGAAACAGAGACAGAAAGAAAUAGACAAAUGCUGGGUAGCGUUAUGUGAUGAUUGUGGGUGGGAAAAUGCAGAAGAAGUGAGAAUGCCGCUAGCACCAAAAAUUAGAGAAAUGGAGAAAAAAGCACAUUGUAAGUGGCACAGACACGUAGAAGGAAAGGAUAAGAUAAAAUGGUAUAACUCAGGGAAGCAUGGUAGUGAAGAAGAAAAUCUAAAGAAGAAACUUAGAGUGUGGACUAGAGUAGCGUUAACAACCACAGCACUCAGCUCGCAGAAAGUGCAGAGUGGAGAGAGAAUAGAGGAAGUGAACAGCUCAAGAGUCAGAGAGAAAAAGGAAGAAAAGGCAGGAAGCAUUCAGACUACCCCUUCUGCUCCUCCCCUUCAGAAACACAUACCUUCAAUCUAUCCGUCAUUAAGCCAUCCUCCACCAUAUGAGCCUCCCAAACAGCAGGUAGUGAUGACAAUUAAUGGAGGAGAAAUGGAUGUUGAAGUAGGAGAAAUGACUUGUGAAAUAGACAGGAUACGCAAGGAAUUUGAUGAAUUAAAAACUGCAGUGAACAAGGGUGUGGAAGACACAUUAGUAAAAGCACGACGAGUUAUGGAAGAAGUAGAGAGAACAAGACAUGAACAGGAAGAGUCUGAGAAGGGUGACAAUGAGAAUACUGAAGAAGACAUUAUAUUUGCAAAACCAAUAAAUACAUCCACCCCUAAUCCACAAUCAGGGACCAAUAUGCUAACAGGGCCAAUACCAGUUCAAUUUGCAGGGAAAAUGACACUGGGUGAGCCAAUAGCCCACAGGUUAAGGAGCAGGAAACAGCCAGGGCACCCAGACCAUGAGGAAGAGAAGGAGGAAAGGGAACAUUACCUAAACUAUGACCCAAGUCGUCAACUACAGGUACCUCAAAUGCAAGCACCAUUAAUUCACAGACCAGGAGGGAAUUCACAGUACCAACCUUGGUCACAUAGUGACAUGACAGCGAUAGCAAGUAAGUUGCCACCCAUUACCUCAGGAGGCAGCAGAUGGUUGAGUAAGCUGACAGCACUCAGCCAUGGCACUGACUUGGCUUUGGGUGACUUGAGAUGCCUGUUGGGUCAGAUACUGACAGCCUCACAAAUGCAAAAUUUAGAGCUCGAUGCAAAUACUACAUAUGUUGCAAAUGAGAUACCAUUUACCAGAAUAAGCACUGUUGUAAGCCAAACUCUUCGUCGACUAUAUCCCGUGCCACCAACCGUGUACCAGAAUAUAAAAUUCCGCAUUAAGCCAGGUGAGACUGGAGCGGCUUAUUAUUUCCGUUGUGCUGCUGAGUGGGAACAAAUGGUGGAGGAAAACAGUUUAAACAACCCUGUGACACGAGACAUAUUUAGAGCAGCAGUAAUGACAGGAGCUCCAAAUGGAGUAAAACAAGCAAUGGAGAAUAACCCAGAUAUCCCAGUGGCAAGUAACGAGGUAUGGGAAAGACAUUUAGUGCAUCACACAGACAGAGCAGUGGAAAGAGCCAAUAAAGAUGAAGAGGAACUAGAAAGAGUUAAAACCCAGUUGUUAAAAUUGCAAUUAGAAAAAGCCAAAAGUGAAGGGACAACCAAAAAGGCCAAGCAAAUGCCACAACAUACUCCCAAUGCACCCCAACCCAUAGACCCAUAUCAAGGACCCCCUUACAGUGGUUCUCCUUUUGGAGGACCGACACACCACCAUCCAUAUAGCAACCCACAUUAUGCCCAAGGACCAAACCGUAGGCAGGGACCCCCCUGGAGAGGAAAUGGACGAGGGCAGCCGGAAAGAGGGAGGGGAGGGUUUGAGAGGGACCAGUGUUUUGAGUGUGGUGAGUAUGGACAUUGGGCGAGAAAUUGUCCACAAAAAUCAGCACAGAGUCAAGGCCAGAGUAACGGUCCACCUGCGGGGGGAUGGGGUCCCCGAAGAGGUGGUACCGGUGGUCGUGGCAGGGGACCACAGACCCCACACAACCCGGGGCAACACUUCCCGUCACCUUCCAACCUACAGGUGCCUGUGCACCCAACAUGGGGCCCGGAGGGUGGGGCGGAGGAAUGUUGAAGGGGCCCACAGAGAACCACCAUGAGAGGAAUGGCUGAACCUCUCAUGGAAAUAGUGGUAAGUGAUCAACCACUAAAGGCUCUGGUGGAUACCGGGGCCACAUACUCUACUGUAACAAAGGGCACGAUUGACAAUAGCGAUCUGACAAAUCGCACAGUAGGAGUAAUAGGGUUCUCUGGUGAGGUAGAAAAAUGGCCUAUGACAAAAUUGCUGAAAGUAAAAAUUGACAAACAGAUAUUGACACACUCAUUCCUGUACUCUUGUAAUGCUCCCAUCCCCCUUUUAGGCAGAGAUCUAUUAAUCAAAUUAGGAGCCAGCAUUUUAUGUUCACCCGAGGGAGUGAUAGUGAAAUUUCCAGAUGGUUCAGAAACAAAUUGUUCCCUUGCAGGUCACACCACAGACAGUCAGUGGAUGUUAACAUCGUGUGGUGAGUUAGAAGAUGCUGACAUAUAUUGGGUUGAGCUAGAUUCCAGUGUAGCCCCAAACAGCGUUGUAUCUAGGUAUAACGAACAUCGCCAGUGGAUCACAAACAUAGACAUUUUUCUGCCACCAAUAGACCCCUUACAUUGCACAUUGUUUUAUGACAGGGAUGACACCACACAAUACCAAGAUCUGUUCCAGGAAAUAGAGGACAGUAAAUGGGUGUUAAGGGGAUCCGGACUCAUGAUAGGAAAAGAGGGAGUAGUGGCACCAAUUUUACUGACAGAAGAGCAGAUGAAAUGGUAUGAAAUGUCUGAUACAGCUGCACCACACGUCUCUGUAGCAUUACAUCCGAAACAUGAAGCUAGGGAGCUAGGCAACAUGACUAAGAGGCUGUUGGCAGCUAAUGAUUGGAAACCCACAGAAACUUGGGGUAUCCUGUAUUCAGAGACACAAAAAGCAUAUUGGGUGCAAGACCAAACAGAAGACACAGGGGUGUUGACACAUAAACAGAUCUCUAGAAGCCAUGGUAGGGAGCAGACAGACGCUGACGGAGCAGAAAAAAUGAUUGACACAUUGCCAGAUAAUCUAUGGUCUCAAGGACCAACAGAUGUAGGGUUUUGUAACAUCAAACCUGUUAGCUUCAAAUUGACCACCACCACACCUAUUUGGGUCCCUCAGUACCGCAACAAACCAGAAGCAGAAGAAGGUGUAGCCACCACUGUUUCCGGACUGAUUGAAAAGGGAGUGAUAACCCCUUAUAGGUCCAAUUGGAACACACCAAUUUUUCCAGUGCCUAAACCAGGCACCAAUAAGUACAGGUUGGUGCAUGAUUUACGCAACAUUAACUCUGUUGUGGUGACACCCACCAUGACUGUACCAAACCCAUAUAUUGCACUGUCUAUAUUGACCCCAAUGCACCAAUGGUUCACGUGUAUUGAUUUGGCUAAUGCUUUCUUCUGUAUUCCAAUCGCAGAGGAUUGCAAAGCAUGUUUGGCUUUUACAUACAGGGGAUGCCAGUAUUCUUACAACAGACUACCACAAGGGUUUAUUUUGUCACCAGGAAUUUUUAAUCAUGUUUUAAAACAACAGCUACAGGACUGUAGCUUACCUGAGAACUGUGUCAUGAUCAUGUAUGUUGACGACCUACUCUUGGCAGCCACAACUGAAAAGGCGUGCUUGGAGGCUACCAGAGUUGUGUUGCUUCAGUUGCACAAGUCUGGUUUCAAGGUAAGCAAGGACAAACUGCAGGUGUGCAGACCUUGUGUUACAUUUUUAGGUCGACUGAUCACGGCACAGGGAUCAACUUUGACAGGGACACAAAGACAGGGUAUACUCAGCCAUCCUAAGCCAACCACAGUGAAAGACAUGUUGUCAUUUUUAGGCCUCACAGGAUUCAGUAGGCACUAUAUCCCUAUGUAUGUUUCACUGACUACACCACUCAGGCAGUUGAUUAAAGAGCAUGGCAUGAAAAAUCUGAAAGCAGAACUUCAGUGGACACAAGAGGCUGAACGGACGUUCAUUGACCUCAAGACACAGCUAGCUCAUGCUGUGCACCUGAACUGUGCCAACUAUGAGUUACCUUUCUUCCUGGAUGCCUCAGAAUCUGGCUCCAGCGCACAUGGUGUCCUGUUUCAGAAAGACCAAGGCAGGAGAAAAGUGUUGAUGUAUGCGAGUGUGUUGUUAGACUGUGUAGAACAAAGACAACCACUUUGCUCUCGAUUUGCAGCUGGUUUAGCUAAAGUUGUGCACAAAACAUCACACAUUGUAAUGGGCCACCCAUUGACAAUACUCACCACACACUCUAUCAUGUCAUUCGUAAAUUCAGCAUCAUUCACGUUUUCACCACUGAGACAGAGAAGAAUAGCUAAGAUUUUGACCAGCCCCAAUCUCACAUACACACAUGAGGGCAUUAAUAUGGCUGAUCUGAUGGGAGAUGGACAGCCGCAUGAUUGUGCACCCAUCACCGAGAGAGCAUCCAAAGUAAGAGAAGAUCUGUCUGCGGUGCCAUUGACAACCCCACCACCAGUUAUGACAUUGUUCACAGAUGGUUGUUGUUUCAGAGCAGAGGAUGGGAGCCUGAAGGCAGCCUAUGCAGUAGUUGAACAGGUGGGAAGCUCAUUAGUGACAAGAGAUGCAGGGAAGUUAGAAGGAAAACAGUCAGCACAGAGAGCAGAGAUGAUAGCAGUGACAAGAGCCCUGUACUACGCUGGUGAGACCCGUGUGAACAUAUAUUCCGAUUCAGCAUAUGUUGUAACAGCUGUCCACGUGGAAUUGCCCUUAUGGCAGAGGUGUGGUUUUAUCACAUCCUCAGGUCGACCAAUCACGCAUGCAUGCGAAGCCAGAGACCUUUUAGAGGCUCUGAUGAUACCCACAGAAGUGGCAGUAAUUAAGUGUCCAGGUCACUCCAAAAGUGACUGUCCUAUCACUGAUGGUAACAAUGCAGCCGAUCUAGCUGCCAAAACUGCAGCUGGCUAUGUUGCAACUCAGCAGGUGGUGAGAUCAGAUAGAGCCUGUAGUGAUCUUUUGCCUCGUUUCACUCGAGAAUAUUUGGUCAAAGAACAACAGAAAUCUGCCCCAGAAGAACAAUCAGUCUGGUUGCAGCAUGGAGGUAUAUGCUCGCCAGAUGGUCUAUGGCAAGCGCCAGACGGACGUCCGGCAUUGCCUGUCUCUCUGACCGGUUCAAUCUUGACUCAAGCUCAUGGGGUAAGCCAUGUGAGUGACAAGCAAAUGAUGAGAGCUCUCGAACAUUGGUGGCAUCCGUUUUUGCAGUCCAUGGUGUCAGGUCAUGUGACAAGUUGUUGUAUCUGUCAGGAACACAAUGUAAAACCUAGCAUCAAACCCAAAAAAGGUUGUUUCCCUUUGACAUCUGGUCCAGGGGAAGAAAUUGUGAUUGACUUCACAGAUAUGAUUGCACGGGUACAUGGCAAACGCUAUGUUUUGGUGAUUGUUGAUUAUUUCACUGGUUGGCCAGAAGCAUAUCCUGUCGGCCGAGAGGACAGUACGGCUGUGAUCAAGUGUUUAAUCAAUCAAUACAUACCACACUAUGGUUUUCCGCGCCGUAUCAGAUCAGAUAACGGUAGCCAUUUUAAAAAUGAACAUCUCAAAGUGGUUGAACAGGCUUUGGGCCUAACACAUGCAUAUGGUGCGGUUUAUCAUGCGGCCAGCCAAGGUAAGGUUGAACGCCUUAACCUGACGAUUAAACUAAAAUUGGCUAAAAUCUGUGCACAGACUAAAUUGAACUGGCUGUCAGCUUUACCCAUUGCUCUCAUGUCUAUUCGUUCUUCUGUCAACAGGAUCUCAGGCUUUACACCUUUUGAAUUGCUUACAGGUCGUCAAUUUCCAGGCCCAACCACGGCGUUGAGAGAGGACAGCGUGCAGCCAUUGUCACAUACUGUGUAUUUUGAUAAACUAACAGCUCUGAUUCGAACCUUUUCCCAUCAGGUAACUCCUGUACCAGCACAACCGGAGGAACUGCCAUCUCCAGUCACGACAGACUGGGUCAGGACGAGAACAUUCCGUAGAAAGUGGAGUGAACCACGUUGGUCUCAACCUCUAUGUGUAACAUCUCGCACCUCACACUGUGUGCAACUACAAGGGAAGGGAGGUACUUGGUUCCAUUUAACAUCCUGUGUAGCUUGUGACCCCCCUUCUAGGUCUCUUGCUGACACUGGUUUGGACCUGAGGACUCAGGUCCAAGAGAGGGAGGAUACAGAGAGUGACGGUAAAACAGACACUGAAAUUGCCACUGGACAAUACCAACAGCUCCAAAUUAUACACAAAACAGGCGAUAUUUUCACAAGCCCACACACAGAACCAUUAGCUCAUUGUGUAAGUGCUGAUUGUGCAUACGGGGCAGGUAUUGCAAAGCAGUUUAAGGAAAAAUUUGGAGUGGAGAAAGUAAGGUGUCAACAUGAAAAACCGGGUGAGUGUGCAGUAACCCAGGAGGGAGACAGGACUGUGUUUCACCUAAUAACUAAAGAACAAUGUACUGAUUUACCAACAUGUGAUUGUUUCACAGAGGGCCUGAAAGGCAUGAGAGAUUGGUGUGUGGCUAGUAGAGUGGGAGGUGUCUCGGUGCCCCGGCUGGGGUGUGGUCUAGAUAAACUAGACUUCAAGAAAGUGCAAAAGAUUCUGAGUGAAGUGUUCACGGAUGUGGACAUGCAAGUGGCCAUUUAUUCCUUAUAA